AUAUGACCCCAUUGUUUAUAUUCAUCCUCUCGUAGUGUUUUUUAAAAAAUUUUUUUAUUGUUUUUAUUUUGUUUGGUUAAGCAGUAUCGGCUUGAUUUUUCAUUUUUAUCAAACUUUACUAGCUGUACAUUGACGAAAAUGUCUGGGAAGACAUUAUUAGACUACCCUUAAAUAUCUCAGUCUGCAAUAAAUUUAAAGAAAUGCACUUUAAUAUUGUACACAGAGCUUAUAUAGCUCCAAAUAAAUAUAGCAAAAUAAAUAAUACUGCAUCACCCCAAUGUCCCAAAUGCAAUAACUAUAUCGGCAUAUUCUUUCAUUGUCUCUGGGAAUGCCCUAUGAUUGCUGACUUCUGGAAUGGUGUUUGUGAUAAACUAUCUAUAAUAUGUAAACAGAAGGUCACGGCUUCCCCGUUAAUUUGCCUGCUGGGUGUUUUGCCCUCCUCCUUUUCGGAACAUUCAGAUGUCUUUAAAUCCUUGCUUAUGUUGGGGAGGAAAUUAAUUAUGAAUAAAUGGAUCGGGACGGAACCCCCUCUUAUCGAGGACUGGAUAAUCUUGAUUAAAGAUACUAUACUUAUGGAAAAGAUUGGAUAUAUAUUGAAAGACAAAAUAAAAAAAGAACUUCAAAAAAAAAAAACUUUACCAGCUGUGUUUAGCCUACAAUUUUUUUGGACGAUGGAAUUCAUACCUGUGGUCGACUUCGCUGUCUACAAACUUGGUACCAGCGACGUCACUGACAAGAACUUGCAAGAGUUAGGCAAAGAAAUUCGAAAGGCCUUCAUUGAAGUGGGGUUUGUGUAUCUCAAAAACACUGGAAUAGAUCAGAAGGAGGUGGAUCGUGUCAUGGACAUUUCUAAGAAAUUCUUCCUGCUUCCUGAAGAACAGAAAAGGCCCUUCAGUAGGGGCAGUUACACAAGUAGAGUUAAUCACGGUUGGGUGUCCUCAGAAACAGAAAGUUUAAAUCCUCGACGUCCAGGUGACUUGAAGGAGGCCUUUAAUACUACAUCCCUGCACCCUGAUAUUAAAUGGCCCUCCGAUGGUUGUGAUGGCUUUCGUGAUAUCAAAGUCGACUUUUUCCUACGCUGUAAGGAGCUGUCUCUCCGUGUACUGAGGGUCAUGGCUCUCAGUUUAGGCCUGGAUUCAGAGUUUUUUCUCAAAGAACACUACGGCAUUGGAGGUGAUAAUAAUGGCACGACCCUGCGCACUCUGUAUUAUGCCCCGGUGAAGACUGAGAGUGUGAAGAAAGAUCAGAUCCGCUGUGGUGAGCACUCAGACUAUGGCAGCAUCAGUCUAGUCUUCCAGGGCAAACAGGAAGGCCUGCAGGUAUUAAAUCGCAAAGGUGAGUUUAUCUCAGCCCCAAGUAUCCCUGGAACAGUGCUGAUCAACAUUGCAGAUAUGAUGCAGAGGUGGACCAGUGACGUGUUUGUGUCUGCUGUCCACAGAGUUCUACUACCUCCUGUGGGUGACUCAAGUGCAAGGCAGUCGUUGGUGUUCUUUGUGCAGCCGGAUGAUGAUGCCAUCAUUACGUGUUGUGAUGGCUCAAACAAAUAUCCUCCAGUGAAAUCGCUGGAUUAUCUCCUGUCAAGAUUCAACGACACUUAUGGCAGGAAAUAGAAAUGUGCUUCUCCUUGUCAGCCGAUGAUCACAAAGUAAUUUAGUAACUGUGCAUGUGGGGUCUUUCUGCCUGGAAAAUUAGAGGUUUUAUUUCCAUAUUCAUAUUUUCAUUUUAUUUUUAAUGAGAAUGAAUGUGCUUUUAUCAAAUAUUCAUUAUUAAUUGUCUUUUUUAAUGUCCACACUGUUAAAUUUGACUAAUUGUUAAAUUUUGGUAAAUUAGAGACCUUCAUUACAAUAUUUCACUAUAUGUUAGACGUGUCUAAAGAUUUAUUUUAUUUCUGUAAAUUUGUUUAGCCUUAAUUAAAAAUAGUAAAAUAAUUAGUAGUCAGGGAAAAAUAUUUUUAGUCAGACCAACCAGCAUUUUAACUUAAAAAAAUCAUCUAUUUAUAAAUAUACUUAACAGUUGUAUUUUAAUAUUGACAUAUUACGGUAUAUUACCCUAACCCAAGUUUUGGGAUACUUCAAUAUAAUUGAAUUCAGGUGUUGUUUUUCAGGGGUUAGGUUUGGCCCCUUAGUUCCAGUGAAAGGAACUCUUAAUGCUUCAGCAUGCCAAGACAUUUUGGACAAUUUCAUGCUCCCAACUUUGUGGGAACAGUUUGGCGAUGACCCCUUCCAGUCCCAACAUGACUGCACAUCAGUUACAAAGCAAGGUACAUAAAGACAUGGAUGACCGAGUUUGGUGUGGGGGAACUUGACUGGCCUGCACAGAGACCUGACCUAAACUCUAAUUUUCCUAAUUGAUUUUGUACUAGUUUUGCUAAUUAGUUUUGUAGAAAUGGAAAAGGACAGACUUGCAUGUACCAGGUUCAUAUGUACAAUGUGUCUACUGCAUGAUAUUUUUAAAAGCUGUUUUUUGUGCAAAAACGUGUUUUCAGUAUACUCAUUGCCUUCCUAACAAAAGGUUAAAAAUAAAAGUAAUUGGUAAAUAUUU